GCUGACAGAAAAGUGUCACGUUUCAGCAGCAUCCAUACAAAGAGAGAGGCAUGUUCAGGAUGAGCCAGUGGAGCAGCCUAGCCCUGUUGCUCUAUGCACUCACCAGCAUUGAGGUGACAAUAGCCUUUCCAAACUCCUCUCCAGUAAUCAACGCAGGCUGGGGUAACCCAGACAGACUAAUGCACCUGUACACAGCUACAGAAUGGAACAGCUUCCACCUGCAAAUCAAUCAUGAUGGGCAUGUUGAUGGAUCCCCACAUCAGACCAUUUACACUGCACUAAUGAUCAAAUCUGAGUCAGCAGGAAAGGUGGUCAUCACGGGCGUCAAGAGCGGACGUUACUUGUGCAUGGACCAAAAUGGAAAUGUUUUUGGUUCACAUUUCUUUAGCUAUGAUGACUGCGUAUUUAAACAUGAGACUCUGGAGAACAGGCAUGAUGUCUAUCACUCUCCUAAACACAACUUUCUGAUCAGCCUUAAAAGGCCAAAACAUGUCUUCCGUCCUGGUAUGGAUGUACCUCCUUACUCCCAGUUCCUGUCAAUGGAGAACCAGAUCCCUAUUACAAAAUUUAUCACUCCAGAACCCAUCAGAAGACAUACCAGGAGUGCUGAAGAUCCAGAAAAUAUUGUAAGGACUGUAAAGAAAAAUAUCAAUGCUUCACCACCAAAAAAUGUCCAAGAAGUCUUGUCUUCAGCUCCUCAGGAACCAAUCAGACGUAACCAUAAUGAAAAAGAAGAUCCAGAUGACCCUUUCCGCAUAAUUACGUUCAGAAAACAACAUCCUCGCGAGUUUUUUUCCUAAAGAAUAAUGCCACGUAUGAUUCCACUUAAAGGGUUGCAAGUGUAACCUUUUAGAAUUCUGUUAGAUACUGUAGUUGACACAUAGGUGUUUAUGUAUAGAAAGCGUUGCAUUUGUUUUCACUUUUGCACUAGUUUUGUGCAUAUGCACAAUUUGUUAUGUAAAAAAAAAAGGAAAGGUGCACUUUUGUACGUCUUUUUUAUACAUUGAAAGCGAAAAACUUGUGAACAAAAAAAAUCAACAGAACAAAAUAUAAUGAAAGAAAGGUGCAAUAAGCAAUAUUUGGCCUAACAUAAGGAAAAAAAAAUUUUUUAUUAGAAAAUGCAACACUUUUUCUGCAUAAUACCCACAGUUUCUUCAAAAAUUAAGAUUUACAUAAAUUAUAUACUCAUAAUUUUAUUUAAAAUAACACUCACAGAACGAUCCAAACCUUUUCAGGGACUACAGCCCUAACGUUACAGUUGUCAAUAUACAACCACUCACCAAGGUCAAUUUUGAUAUAUUUGUGUAUUUAAAGUAGCCCUGACCCACUGCACUGUCCUGUAAGGACCAGUGAAUGAUCUAUGCCUUUUUAAAUUGUCAAAACAUUUCGAAUCACUUUUGCAUGACCAGGUUUAAAGUUAAAGCAAUUCUUGCUCAUCCAUGACCUCUUGCGUAAACGUAACAUGGUUUUUCUAAAGGCCUAAAUUUAGGAGACUCCUAAUUUUUUUGUAAGGUAAUAUGAUUAUUUUGAAAUGUGCACUUCUUUGUGAAAGAGAAA